AUCCCCAAGUGCCACUGUGCCAGCCCCAAUUCGUGGAAUUGAGUCAAUGACUAAAUAAUCCAAUUCCUCCAACAUUUUCUUCAACUCUUCAAUUCUUUAAUGCUCAUGUGCCGCGAUAUGCGUCACGCUUCUUCUUACUAUUAAUUACUAAUUCCCAACUUAGGUAUGGCCCCAAUUCGACGAUACCUUCGCAUUACCAAAUAUUCCGUCAUUGAGUGUCGUAUCUAUCUGGAUAAUCCCGCGUUGGCUCACGCGUGGCUUCUCAACCCGAGGAAUCCCGUUCUGCCAAGAGUCAUUGAGAGUAUACGGCCUCUCGUAUUACCCAAAUUGCGGGAGGAGCGAGAACGAAGUCGCAAACGAAGCACUAAGAAGAAAGGUAUCAAGGAUGUAGUAGUUGAAGACGAUUUCGAGGUAUCCAUAUUCCUCACCGAGACAACCACACGCCACUCGCUGCUCACAAAGCACAAACAUUUUCAUGACACCACUCAAACCAAACUAACCUCAAACUCGGGUCGCCUCAUCGGCGAGACAAACGAGGCACCUAUCGAUGUUGAUGCCGCGGCGGAAUUAGCUCCCACAAUUCGACAGGAGGAGAGUGACGGCGAAGAUGCUGCAGCCACUUUGGCCGCCAUCCCAGUGGCAGAUGAGACUGCAGCGGCUAGCAGCAGCGGCAGGCGACCCAAGCGUGCACGCAGAGCUACGGAAACAGAAGCAAACGCAGAUCCCGACAUGAUUGAUCAACAAAACAGUGGCGUAGAGAUCGUAUCGGAUAGCCAGGAUGAAGACGACCAAGAUGACGGCCUGUUUGUCAGUGAUGAAGAUCCAGUUGAUCAUGACGAUGCUAGCACGCGGCCACCACCAGCCAAACGUCGCAAGGAAGCUACCACUGCAGCGCAGGGUUCCAUUGACGAAGAGGACGACAAAAAGAAAUUGGCCAUGGACAUCUCGUACGAGGGAUUUUCUAUUUAUGGACGCGUGCUGUGCCUCGUUGUCAAGCGCCGCGACGGUAGCAUCGGCAGCGGCCCCCAACCUGCGGGUCGCGGCAGCAAGCCGGCCGCAGCGACCAGCGGCCAUGCGACGAAACCUGGGGGCGGCGGAAGCGGUGGACAGGCAAUGAUGGAGAACUUCAUAAUGUCGACCCAAGUACCGGCCGGCGCAGACAUCUCGUGAGCGGUGCCAACCAUAGAUUGGUGGUUACCGGAGUAGUAUUAAUGCACGUCACCCUAAUCUUCGACCACGUGGGCUAUAGGAUUCGGCCGACCAUAGCUUCACAGCCUGCGGUUUGCCAGUGU